AUGAUGAUCUCCCCUCCCAGGAUGCCCCUCCUGCUGCUGUUGCUCCACAUCCCAAGUGCUGCCAAAGCUCAGGUUAAUCCAGCUGUGUGCCGUUAUCCUCUGGGAAUGUCAGGCGGCCACAUCCCAGACGAAGACAUCUCCGCCUCCAGCCAGUGGUCUGAAUCCACAGCAGCCAAGUAUGGAAGGCUUGAUUCAGAAGAGGGCGAUGGGGCUUGGUGUCCGGAGAUCCCCGUUGAGCCAGAUGACCUCAAGGAGUUCCUUCAGAUUGACCUGCAUGCCCUGCACUUUAUCACCCUGGUGGGGACCCAGGGGCGACACGCUGGCGGCCACGGCAACGAGUUUGCACCAAUGUACAAGAUCAAUUACAGCCGGGAUGGCACCCGGUGGAUUUCCUGGAGGAACCGGCAUGGGAAGCAGGUGCUGGAUGGAAACACCAACCCUUAUGACAUUGUCCUCAAGGACCUGGAACCUCCCAUCAUAGCUCGCUUCAUACGCUUCAUUCCCAUCACCGACCACUCCAUGAACGUCUGCCUGCGAGUGGAGCUCUAUGGCUGCACGUGGCUAGAUGGGCUGGUUUCCUACAAUGCGCCUGCUGGACAGCAGUUCGUCCUUCCCAGCGGCACAGUCAUUUACCUCAACGAUUCUGUGUAUGACGGCGCUUUUGGCUACAGCAUGACUGAGGGACUGGGCCAGCUGACGGACGGUGUUUCUGGCCUGGAUGACUUCACACAGACCCAUGAGUACCACAUGUGGCCGGGCUAUGACUACGUGGGGUGGCGCAAUGAGAGCGCUGCUGGGGGCUACAUUGAAAUCAUGUUUGAAUUUGAUCGGAUCAGAAACUUCACCACCAUGAAGGUGCACUGCAACAACAUGUUUUCCAAGGGGGUGAAGAUCUUCAAGGAAGUUCAGUGCUAUUUCCGCUCCGAUGCCAAUGAGUGGGAGCCCAACACCAUCUCCUCGGUGCUGGUGCUGGAUGACGUCAACCCCAGUGCGCGGUUCGUCACCGUGCCCUUGCUUCAUCGCAUGGCCAGCGCCAUCAAGUGCCAGUAUUACUUUGCCGACACCUGGAUGAUGUUCAGUGAGAUCACAUUCCAGUCAGAUGCAGCCAUGUACAACAACUCCGGAGCCCCUCCUGAGUCGCCCGUAGCACCCACCACUUACGAUCCAACCCUCAAAGUGGAUGACAGCAACACACGCAUCCUGAUUGGCUGCCUGGUUGCAAUCAUCUUCAUCCUGGUGGCCAUCAUUGUCAUCAUCCUGUGGAGGCAGUUCUGGCAGAAGAUGCUGGAGAAGGCUUCUCGUCGGAUGCUGGAUGACGAAAUGACCGUCAGCCUCUCCCUGCCUAGCGAAUCCAGCAUGUUCAACCACAACCACUCCUCCUCAUCCAGCGAGCAGGAGUCCAACUCCACCUAUGACCGCAUCUUCCCCCUGGGCCCAGACUACCAGGAGCCCUCGCGGUUGAUCCGCAAACUGCCAGAGUUUGCCCCAGGAGAUGAAGAGGCAGGCUGCAGUGGAGUCGUCAAACCCGCCCAGUCAAGUGGCCCCGAGGGAGUCCCCCAUUAUGCAGAGGCUGACAUUGUGAAUCUGCAAGGUGUGACAGGCAGCAACACCUACUCUGUGCCUGCCAUCACUAUGGACCUGCUCUCGGGCAAGGAUGUGGCUGUGGAAGAGUUCCCUAGGAAACUGCUAACCUUCAAGGAGAAGCUUGGAGAAGGCCAGUUUGGGGAGGUUCAUCUCUGUGAAGUGGAGGGAAUGGAAAAGUUCAUGGACAAAGAUUUUGCUUUGGAUGUCAGCUCCAACCAACCUGUCCUGGUGGCUGUGAAAAUGCUGCGAGCAGAUGCCAACAAGAAUGCCAGGAAUGACUUUUUGAAGGAGAUUAAGAUCAUGUCACGGCUCAAGGACCCCAAUAUCAUCCGGCUGCUGGCAGUGUGCAUCACCGACGAUCCUCUCUGCAUGAUUACUGAGUACAUGGAGAACGGCGACCUCAAUCAGUUCCUAUCCCGCCACGAGCCCCAGCUCCCCCCUGCCAGCAAUGGACCCAUUGUCAGCUACACUGACCUGAAGUUCAUGGCCACUCAGAUUGCCUCUGGCAUGAAGUACCUGUCCUCUCUGAAUUUUGUGCAUCGGGACCUGGCCACACGCAACUGCUUGGUGGGUAAGAACUACACCAUCAAGAUAGCAGACUUCGGCAUGAGCAGGAACCUGUACAGUGGGGACUACUACCGAAUCCAGGGGCGGGCCGUGCUCCCUAUUCGCUGGAUGUCCUGGGAGAGUAUUUUAUUGGGAAAAUUCACUACAGCCAGCGAUGUCUGGGCUUUUGGGGUGACACUAUGGGAGACCUUCACUUUUUGCCGAGAGCAACCGUAUUCCCAGCUGUCAGAUGAACAGGUCAUUGAGAAUACCGGAGAAUUCUUCAGGGAUCAGGGGCGGCAGACAUACCUUCCCCAACCUGCUCUCUGCCCUGAUCCUGUCUACAAGCUAAUGCUCAGCUGCUGGAGACGAGACACGAAAGAUCGCCCCUCCUUCCAGGAAAUUCACCGCCUCCUCCAACCAUCAGCCAGCGAAGAGUGA